AUGGACGACGAGCGACUACCCAAACGACUCUUCUACGGAGACGUCGCUACGGCUUCUCGCCGUCAAGGAGGCCAAAUUCGUCGAUACAAGGAUACUCUGAAGUCCUCCCUGAAGCGUCUGCAAAUGAACCCGACCAACUGGGAAGAGCUCACCCUCGACCGACCGACCGACCGACCGACCGACCGACCGACCUGGAGGAGGAAAGUGAAGACAGACGCUGCGAUCUAUGAAGACAACUGCAUCGCCUCCGCCAAAGUGAAGCGCGAAGCCCGCAAAUCACAACUGCGCCCAGUACGCAACGUCGACACACAACCGCUUCCAACGUGUCCUCGAUGUCAACGGACAUUCCGGAUACGAAUUGGACUUAUUGGACACCUCCGGACCAACUGUACCUCUCGGACCGCACCAACUGUCGUCCCUCCGCCCGCCUCUUCCUCCCCUCCGCCGCCAACUAACUCUGACCCAACCACGGUGACCGGAUCAUGA